AUGCAAGAAUAUAAAACAAGUCAUAAUGUGUUAUUAAGUUUCUUCUAUCAACACAUAUUCAGAACCAGCAUGGAGGGUCCCGCAGGACCGACGCCAUGUAACCUAAGCAGGAGUGUGACAGAUAGACUCAGCACAGAUGACACACACAUUGACAGCUGUCAGUCGAGCUGUCAAUGCGAUAAGACACAGGGCGAGGUGAAAAUAAGGAGCAAGCGGUACGGCAGGGGAGCCGUGGAAUCAGGUUUAACACACGAAUGCGGCGUGUUCGGAGCUAUUGGGACGGGGGAGUGGCCCACGCAGGUCGACGUGGCCCAAGUCAUCUGCUUGGGACUGGUGGCGCUACAGCACAGGGGUCAGGAGUCGGCGGGCAUCGUGACGUCAGAGGGGAAGAGCGCCCGAACGUUCAACUCGCACAAGGGCAUGGGCCUAAUAAACAACAUAUUCAACGACGAGGCCAUGAGGAAGCUGAAGGGGAACCUCGGCAUCGGUCACACCAGGUACUCAACGUCUGCCGCUUCCGAGGAGGUGAACUGCCAGCCGUUCGUCGUCCACACCGCCCACGGCGCGCUGGCGGUCGCGCACAACGGCGAGCUGGUCAACUGCAGCAGCCUCAGGGAAGAUGGUUUUGGGCCGAGGAUCAACAACCUCAUGAGGCUCGCCCCGCUCAGUUACUCGCUGGUGAUAAUGCUGAAGGACAAGAUAUACGCAGUCAGAGACCCCUACGGCAACCGACCGCUCUGCCUCGGCAAGAUACUGCCUCUUGGCUCGUCGUAUGUCUACAAACAGUCGUCGGCGCAGCAUGCCGCGGUUCUGAUGAACGGAACAGCCAAGAAUGGCAUCGAAGAGAGGGCGGAGGGCUGGGUCGUGUCUUCGGAGUCGUGCGGUUUCCUCUCGAUUGGUGCUCGCUACGUGCGCGAAGUGCUCCCAGGGGAAAUAGUGGAGAUGUCGAGGCGCGGCAUCCGCACCGUGGCGGUGGUGGAGCGGCCGGCCGAGAAGCAGCAGGCGUUCUGCAUAUUCGAGUACGUCUACUUCGCGAGGGCCGACAGCAUAUUCGAAGGGCAGAUGGUGUACUCGGCGCGACUGCAGUGCGGGCGCAUGUUGGCGCGCGAGUCGCCCGUCGACGCGGACAUCGUCUCCUCGGUGCCGGAGUCGGGCACCGCCGCGGCGCACGGCUACGCGCGACAGUCCGGCAUCCCGUUCAUGGAGGUGCUGUGCAAGAACCGCUACGUGGGCCGCACCUUCAUCCAGCCCUCCACCCGUCUGCGGCAGCUGGGCGUCGCCAAGAAGUUCGGCGCCCUCUCGGAGAACGUGAGGGGCAAGCGGAUCGUGCUCAUCGACGACUCCAUAGUGCGGGGCAACACCAUAGGGCCCAUCAUCAAACUGCUGAGGGACGCCGGAGCGGCUGAGGUCCAUAUAAGGAUAGCGUCGCCGCCGCUUAAAUACCCAUGCUACAUGGGCAUCAAUAUACCGACCAGGGAGGAAUUGAUCGCAAACAAAAUGGACUCCUUCAAGCUAGCAGAGCACGUUGGCGCCGACAGCCUCGAGUACCUGAGCGUUGAGGGGCUAGUAAGUGCGGUGCACUACAACAUGAAGACACCGAGCGAUGGCUUAGGUGGCCACUGCACCGCUUGUCUCACCGGUGAUUAUCCAGGCGGUUUGCCCGACGACGUCGACUGG